GGCAGUUGCGCACUUGCGCAUGUUUCUAAUCGCCGUUCCGUCGAACCCCGACAUCGAGAAGGUCCUUAACUCGGUCGGUAUCGAGGCCGAAUCAACCCGAGUCGCCAAGGUGGUCAACGAUCUGAAGGACAAGUCCGUCGAGGAACUGAUCGCUACCCGCCGCGAGAAGCUUAUUCGGGUUGCACAGUUUAACGGAAUUAAACGCGAGAAAUGAGUUUUACAAACGAAUUAAAUGUAUUUCGAUUCGAGCGCGAGGUUUACAGUUCGAGAUCAACUUUGAGAGUGAGAAACGGAAGUGGCAAAACGCAGAAGGCGUUGUUGCUCGCAAGCAAGAAAGGAAGCACAACUGUCAAAGUGGCGACAACGGUCGAGG